AGAAAUCUGAAGACCCUUCUGGCAAUUGGAGGAUGGAACUUCGGGACAGCCAAGUUCUCCACUAUGGUUUCCACUCCCCAGAACCGCCAGACCUUCAUCAAGUCUGUCAUCAAGUUCCUGCGCCAGUAUCAGUUUGAUGGGCUCGACUUUGACUGGGAAUACCCUGGGUCCAGGGGCAGCCCAGCCCAGGACAAGGGUCUCUUCACUGUCCUCGUUAAGGAAAUGGUGGCAGCUUUUGAGCAGGAAGCCAGACAGGUCAACAAGCCCCGUCUCAUGGUCACUGCUGCUGUUGCUGCAGGACUUUCCACCAUUCAGGCUGGCUACGAGAUUGCUGAGCUUGGAAAGUACCUGGACUACAUCCACGUGAUGACUUACGACUUCUACAGCUCCUCAGACGGUCGCACUGGGGAGAACAGCCCCCUGCACAAUACUGCUAACAGUGCCUUCAGUGUUGAAUAUGCUAUGAACUAUUGGAAGAACAACGGUGCCCCAGCUCAGAAGCUCCUUGUUGGAUUCCCAACCUAUGGACGUACCUUCAACCUCCAAAACCCAUCUAACACUGCUGUUGGGGCACCCACAUCAGGACCUGGGCCAGCUGGAACUUACACUCAGGAAGCUGGGCUUUUGGCUUACUAUGAGAUCUGCUCAUUCCUGGCCUCUGGAGCCACUGAGGCUUGGGAUGGUCCUGAGGACGUGCCUUAUGCCUACAAGGGCAGCGAAUGGGUUGGCUAUGACAACACCAAGAGCUUCAGCAUCAAGGUUGACUGGCUGAAGAAGAACAACUUUGGAGGUGCUAUGGUUUGGACCAUUGAUCUGGAUGACUUCACUGGCACUUUCUGCAAGCAAGGCAAAUAUCCCCUGAUCUCCACUCUGAAGAAAGGUCUUGGCCUGUAA